AUGUAUAAGGAAAACAUCACCCUGGUCAGCGAGUUCAUCCUGGUGGGCUUCCCUACUGCCCCUUGGCUGCAGGCUCUGCUCUUCUUCUUCUUCCUUAUUACUUACCUGUUUGUGCUGUUGGAAAAUUUGGUCAUCAUCCUGACUGUAUGGGUCACUAGUUCUCUGCAUAAGCCCAUGUACUACUUUCUGGGCACUCUGUCUUUUUUGGAGGCCUGGUAUAUAUCCGUCACUGUUCCCAAGAUGCUUACUGGAUUCCUCCUUCAUCCUAACACCAUCUCCUUCCUGGGAUGCAUGACCCAGCUCUAUUUCUUCAUCUCACUUGCCUGUACUGAAUGUGUACUUUUGGCAGCUAUGGCCUAUGACCGUUACAUGGCCAUCUGUUGGCCUCUUCGCUAUCCAGUCAUGAUGACCACAGGAUUUUGUGUUCAACUAACCAUCAGUUCCUGGGUGAGUGGCUUCACUAUCUCCAUGGCAAAGGUGUAUUUCAUCUCCAGAGUGGCCUUCUGUGGCAAUAACAUCUUGAACCAUUUUUUCUGUGAUGUGUCCCCCAUCCUCAAGCUGGCCUGCAAAGACUUUUCUAUGGCUGAGAUGGUAGACUUUGCCCUAGCCAUCGUCAUCCUUGUGUUUCCUCUAUCAGCCACUGUCCUCUCCUAUGCCUUCAUCGUCUCCACCAUCCUGCACAUCCCCUCAACCAGUGGGCAGCGGAAGGCCUUCUCCACAUGUGCAUCUCACCUCACGGUGGUGGUCAUCUUCUACACAGCUGUGAUCUUCAUGUAUGUCCGACCUCGGGCCAUUGCUUCAUUCAAUUCUAACAAGCUGGUCUCAGCCAUAUAUGCAGUCUUUACUCCCAUGCUCAACCCUAUCAUUUACUGCCUGAGGAACAAGGAGGUCAAAGAUGCCAUCAGAAAAACCGUGACAAGUGGACUAGCCCUUUUCUCAAGAGAGUCUCCUUUCUGAAGAGACCCAGACAUUCCUUUUCAGUUCACGAUUUGACUAAACCUUAAAAACAUCUUCAUUAGUGGUAGAAGAGCUAAAAAGAAACUUCUCCAAAGAGGAAAUACAAAUGGCCAACAGGCAUAUGAAAAAAUGUUCGACAUCACUUGUAAUCAGGGAAAUGCAGAUCAAAACGACAAUGAGAUACCAUCUCACACCAGUGAGAAAGGCACAUAUUAAAAAAACUAGCAACAACAAAUGUUGGCGAGGAU